AGCUCUCUGGUAAGUGUAACAUGUGAGCAUUACUAGGCAUUUCAUCCUGCGGGUUGCAGUCUGUGCUCUUCAGACUGUUGCUGGGUUGAAAUGCUUCUGCAGGACCGAUUCUGAGGUUGUGUAGAUAUUUCUCAAGGGCCUUCUCAUUGAGGAUAUCAGCGGCAUUUUGCAAGAUCAUCUGAGGAACAGGAAAGCAUCUGAAAUCAACUGAAAAGGAUAACUGUAGCGGUUUUUUACUGGGGAAGGAAACUGUCUUGGCACAGAGGCAGAUGAUUGAAUAAAGUAGUUGGCUCAGAGAAGAUGCACAGUCUGCUGUUUUUCCUCUGAAUGAAGACCGUUUAAUGGAAGCUGUAUUCGUGUAGAGAUGAAAGGAAAUACUAGCGUGAUAAACUACUUUCUUCCCUUCUCUUUUUAAAAUGAAAGAAAACUCAGAAGCAGUAAUUGGAGCUCAAAGGUCUUCUGAUUCUUUUCCUGUCUGCUUGUUGUGUUAGGAUUCUCCACUGACACCAUUUCUGCCUGGUGCCUGGUUCUUUUUGCUGGGCAGCCAGAAACAACUGCCUGAUGGAGAAAGAAUGAAAGCUUUGCCGUGCCUAUGUUCCUGAUGGGAUAAAGCUAUCUGUGUUUCGGCUGUUACAUGCGAAGUCUGGAUUAAUCAGUUUGUGUUCUCGUACCAGUAAUCCUGUUGUCUCCUGUGAUCUGACUCAUCACGUGUAAAUGUGCUGCAGCUUUGCUGUUAAUGCAGAGUGGUGGCUGUUUCCUUUUUCUUUCUUUCCUGAACACAGAAAGAAUUGUCAACCCUUCAAUUUUUAGGAUUUAUGCUAAAUUCUAUAUCUUUUUGUUUCCUGGAUAAUAUCUGUAUUAAGUCAGUGAAACUGAAAAAAAAUGAAGACAAAGUAGAAGUGGGAACAGAACAGUGAGAUUCUGUUUUUUUAUUUUCAGCUACAAGCCGCCCAGCCUACUGGUAACUAUAUGACCUUGUAGACAAGAGUGGGAUAUCUGUGGCCACCCUCUCCCAUAGCAGUUGUUUCUAAUUGCAUUUUUUAUGCUCUGGUGGCAUGUCACCCAAAACAAUGAUUGUUUUGUACCAGUAAAUUUCAGAGCUCAAUGUAACUACUUUGGUGGAAGAAAAAUAUUUUUAAAAGAAUUAGUCCUUGACAGAGUUUUAAUUAUUGACACAUUGAUGUGAAACUUUUUAUAGAUUGCAAUAACCUGGCAGAAAGAAAUAGGUUUUUAUUUUAGGAAGUUAUGUAUCUUAAUUUUAAACUUGAGUUUCUCUAAUAUUAUCAACUAUAAAACCAGCUGCACUGUUCAGAGAAUGUUCAUAAGUGGUGUACAGAAGAGGAGGAAAAACUGCUUGUGCUCGUCCCACUGUGACUUCUAUCACGUAGUGUGGAGUUGAAUGUUUUAAAAGAGCGAAUGAGUCGAGUGUGUAUUGUUGUUUUGGAGGAGGUAGAAGAUGAUUCUCCUGUAUUCAUUUCUAAGUUGCCCCAGGAAAGUAAAUCUCUACAUUCUCCAUCCUCUGGAAAUGUAUUGCCAUCACUGGUGCAAGCUAUAUUUAACGGUGAUCCAGAUGAAGUUCGAGCACUAAUAUUUAAGAAAGAAGAUGUUAACUUUCAGGAUAAUGAGAAGAGAACUCCUUUACAUGCUGCUGCCUAUCUUGGAGAUGCAGAAAUCAUUGAACUGCUUAUUUUAUCUGGAGCUAGAGUUAAUGCCAAAGACAGCAAAUGGUUGACACCUUUACACAGAGCAGUUGCAUCUUGUAGUGAGGAAGCAGUUCAGAUACUUUUGAAGCAUUCUGCCGAUGUUAAUGCUCGAGACAAAAAUUGGCAGACCCCUUUACAUAUAGCUGCUGCUAAUAAAGCUGUAAAGUGCGCCGAGUCUUUGGUACCUCUUCUGAGUAAUGUGAACGUAUCGGAUCGAGCAGGGAGAACUGCAUUACAUCAUGCAGCUUUCAGUGGGCAUGGCGAGAUGGUCAAACUACUCCUGUCCAGAGGUGCCAAUAUUAAUGCUUUUGACAAGAAAGAUAGACGUGCCAUCCAUUGGGCAGCAUAUAUGGGUCACAUCGAAGUAGUGAAAUUACUUGUGUCUCAUGGAGCUGAAGUGACGUGCAAGGAUAAGAAGUCUUACACACCUCUUCAUGCAGCAGCCUCUAGUGGAAUGAUCAGUGUAGUCAAAUACCUUCUAGAUCUUGGAGUUGAUAUGAAUGAACCCAAUGCCUAUGGAAACACACCUCUUCAUGUGGCCUGUUAUAAUGGCCAGGACGUUGUUGUGAACGAACUCAUAGACUGUGGUGCUAAUGUGAAUCAGAAGAAUGAGAAAGGAUUCACUCCUUUGCACUUUGCUGCUGCAUCCACACAUGGAGCACUGUGUUUAGAACUCCUGGUUAGCAAUGGGGCUGACGUCAAUAUGAAGAGUAAAGAUGGGAAAACCCCACUACACAUGACUGCUCUCCACGGUAGAUUCUCCAGAUCACAAACCAUUAUCCAGAGUGGAGCUGUAAUUGACUGUGAAGAUAAAAAUGGAAACACCCCUUUGCAUAUAGCAGCCCGGUAUGGCCAUGAGCUGCUAAUCAACACUCUUAUUACAAGUGGUGCUGACACUGCAAAGCGUGGUAUACAUGGAAUGUUCCCACUCCAUUUGGCAGCCUUAAGUGGUUUUUCGGACUGCUGCAGGAAACUUCUUUCUUCAGGAUUUGACAUAGAUACCCCAGAUGAUUUUGGCAGGACCUGUCUACAUGCAGCUGCAGCUGGAGGAAAUUUGGAGUGCCUAAACCUUCUGCUGAAUACUGGUGCAGACUUCAACAAAAAGGAUAAAUUUGGGAGAUCUCCACUGCACUAUGCUGCUGCCAACUGCAAUUACCAGUGCCUGUUUGCUCUUGUGGGGUCAGGAGCAAGCGUGAAUGACCUUGAUGAAAGAGGCUGCACACCCCUGCACUAUGCAGCUACGUCAGACACAGACGGCAAGUGCCUGGAAUACUUACUAAGAAAUGAUGCAAAUCCUGGGAUCCGGGACAAGCAAGGAUACAAUGCAGUUCAUUACUCAGCUGCAUAUGGCCACCGUCUGUGUCUUCAACUGAUUGCAAGUGAAACUCCUUUGGAUGUUUUAAUGGAAACCUCGGGAACAGACAUGUUGAGUGAUUCAGAUAAUAGAGCAACAAUAAGCCCUUUACAUUUGGCUGCCUAUCAUGGUCAUCACCAAGCCCUGGAAGUGUUGGUACAAUCUUUGUUAGAUCUUGAUGUAAGAAAUAGUAGUGGUAGAACACCCUUAGAUCUUGCGGCAUUUAAGGGCCAUGUGGAAUGUGUGGAUGUACUCAUUAAUCAGGGAGCUUCAAUCCUCGUAAAAGAUUACGUUUUGAAGAGAACACCUAUCCAUGCAGCAGCAACAAAUGGUCAUUCGGAAUGCUUACGGUUAUUAAUAGGAAAUGCAGAACCACAGAAUGCUGUAGAUAUUCAAGAUGGAAAUGGACAGACACCUCUCAUGCUGUCUGUUCUCAAUGGACACACGGACUGUGUAUACUCACUACUGAACAAAGGAGCAAACGUAGAUGCCAAAGAUAAGUGGGGAAGGACAGCAUUGCAUAGAGGGGCAGUUACAGGCCAUGAAGAAUGUGUAGAUGCAUUACUUCAACAUGGUGCUAAGUGCUUACUAAGGGACAGCAGGGGUCGGACACCUAUACACUUGUCAGCUGCCUGUGGACACAUUGGAGUUCUUGGAGCUCUUUUGCAGUCAGCAGCAUCCGUAGAUGCAAAUCCAGCCAUAGUAGACAAUCAUGGGUAUACAGCACUUCACUGGGCUUGCUACAAUGGUCAUGAGACAUGUGUGGAACUGCUUUUAGAACAGGAUGUUUUCCAGAAAAUAGAUGGAAAUGCUUUCAGUCCAUUGCAUUGUGCUGUGAUCAAUGACAAUGAAGGUGCUGCUGAGAUGCUUAUUGAUACCUUAGGAGCCAGCAUUGUGAAUGCCACAGAUUCAAAGGGAAGGACUCCUCUCCAUGCCGCUGCCUUCACAGACCACGUAGAGUGUUUACAGCUGCUGCUCAGCCAUAAUGCUCAAGUCAAUUCCGUGGACUCUACUGGGAAAACACCCCUCAUGAUGGCUGCAGAAAAUGGACAAACUAAUACAGUUGAGAUGCUGGUUAGCAGUGCUAGUGCAGAUCUGACUUUACAAGAUAAGAGUAAAAACACCGCCCUUCACUUGGCUUGCGGCAAGGGUCAUGAAACUAGUGCCUUGUUAAUACUGGAAAAGAUAACAGAUAGAAACCUCAUCAAUGCAACCAAUGCAGCCUUGCAAACGCCCCUGCAUGUUGCUGCCCGAAAUGGGCUAACAAUGGUUGUUCAAGAGCUUCUGGGGAAAGGAGCAAGUGUACUUGCCGUGGAUGAAAAUGGCUAUACUCCAGCUUUGGCCUGUGCUCCCAAUAAGGAUGUGGCUGACUGCCUGGCUCUCAUUUUGGCCACCAUGAUGCCUGUCUCCUCAAGUAGCCCAUUGUCAUCCCUGACAUUCAAUGCCAUUAACCGUUAUACCAACACCUCAAAAACAGUUAGCUUUGAAGCCUUGCCUAUCAUGAGGAAUGAACCUAGCUCCUAUUGCAGUUUCAACAACAUUGGUGGGGAACAAGAGUACUUGUACACUGACGUGGAUGAGCUCAACGACUCUGACUCUGAGACCUACUGAAAGGCUGAGCUAAAGGUCUAAAGAAGUUCCGACACUGAAACUUCACACCGGGCUUUUUCAGGAAGAAAAGCACUUUUCUUACUCAUAUACAAAUUCAUUCUGAAGAAAGAUCACGCAGUGAACAAAUGGAAGAAAUGUGAUGACAUUAGGAAGAAGAAUCUUAAAGGCAAGUUUUGCAAAAGGAACUUCUAGAAUCUUAAUAAUGACUUGACCAGUGGAAAACACAUUGAUGUCGAUUGCUUUGUGGGAUUGUUUAAUUGGCUUUGCAGGGCCAGAAACUGGGACACUGCUCCCUGACCUGCUUAUGCAGGCAACACUGCUCUAAAGGAAGAGAUAAGGACACUAGGUUCAAUUGUACCCAGAAAAUUACAGCUAAAUUUAAAUGCAAUAAACGUUUGGUAUAGUAGGCAUUAUGUACACACCAAAUUGCCAAAGGACCAAAUAGCGUACAGAUUUUUUUUUAUCGGAACGCCAUUUUGUGGAAACAGAAGUAGGUGAAAUGAGAAGUCAUCUAAAGCGAACUUCAGUACUUCUGAAAAUGAAGCUAAGAUUUGGUUUGGUGUUGAUUUUUGUAAAGAAAACAUCGGAAAGCCUUCCAGUGCUGUAUUAACCCAUGAAAGAAAGCAAGUGUCUUUUUAUGGUUUGUUUGUUGGUUGGUUUUUUUUUUUUUUUUUUUUUUUUUGCAUAAAAAUUUUAAGAUUCCAGUUUUUAUAAAAUUCGAAACCAGCUGACUAGGUGCAGUGUGAGUGGAAGUACGUGUGACAGAGAUGUCGAUAAGUCAGGGCUACUACCCACUGUUGAGUGGUUUGGUUUUAAAAUGAACUCUAUUUCUUUAAGGAAUUCCAUAGUGGAAAUGUUUUUGAUGAAAUUAAAAAUCAGAUCAUAUUACCUAUUGUAGCUCAGUGGUCCUGGGGAGUGGGACUGUUUGAGCCUCUGCUUGGGUGACACACCUCCACCUUUGGGUUGGAGGACUUUUGGUGUCAUUUAUUAAUGUUUGAGCUUUGCAAAGCAAGAAUCAAAAUUUUUUUAAAAAUUAAACUGUUGUUAUGAGAGAUCAUCUAAAGCUGGUUUUAAAUUGUAUAAAAACUAGAAUUUUAAAUUUUUUAUAUAUAAAAAAAGACAUCUGCUUUCUCUCAUGGUUUAAUGCAGUAUGAAGGCUUUCAUAUGUUCAUAUGUUUCCUUUCUUUCUUUUUUUUUUGAGACAGGGUUUCUCUGUGCACCUCCGCUGUCCUGGAAUUCACUGUGUAGAUCAGGCUGGCCUCAAACACACAGGGAUCCACCUGCCUCUGCCUCCUGAGUGCUGGCUAAAGGUGUGCACCACCAUGCCCAGAUUCAGGUAUUUUCUUUAUAAAAAUCAACAUCAAAGCAUUUGGCUUCAUUUCAGAAGUGUUGAAGUUUGGUGUAGAUGAUGAUUCAUGAUAUAAACAGAAUCAGGUCACUUGGAAGGCAUUUCUAUAUUGGGCAGAAUUUAAAAUUCUUCAGGCUUUAGGUUCAAGUCAGAUCUAGAGUAGCAUGUUUGCAGCUUGUACUGUCGGAGAGAGAUUGCCUGCCAAAUUGGAGACUGCCUUUCAGGUAAUAGAGAAGGGGCUGACAUUAGGCUUUUAAACAACACUUCUCUGUGGUUCUGCUUUUAUUGUAACUGUUACUUUCCCAGUAAAAAUGAUUUCACAUGGGGGGGGGUGGAUCUUAAUAGAGCUGGAUAAAGUUCCAUACAUUGCAACAAAAUGAUACCAAUUCACCUUAUCCUUUUUGUAUUGUGAAACUGGAACUUUAUGACAUUGUAAAUUAUCAGCUGGUUUUUCUGAAUAUAAAGUGUGAAAACACAGAACAGUAUUUUGAUCUAUUUGAUAAUUUUGUGGGUUUUUUGAAGAAUUAAUGAGCAUGUACAUAGAAAUAGUGACUGCUUGAAUACUGUAUUUACUUGCACUCUUUGAGUACAUCAAAAUUCCUGUAUAUUUUAGAGUAUAAUAAAACACAGAUGUGAGUUGUAUUUAAUGAAUAAUGUAUUUGUAUCUGUGCAUAUUACUUAAAAAUCUAUAAAGUUUCUAGGGCAUUGACUACUAGAUUUUAAGCAUUUUUUUCUAAAAUAUUUACAAAAUUAUAAAUAUAAUCUCCAUCUUUUCUUUAUAAUAUAAAGAAGUUGUAAUGAACCCUUCCUAACUAAUAGUGGUAGAAGGGUAAAUAUGCAUUUUAAAGACCGUAGACUACAUUUUCUAUUGUACCUUUUAAAAAAAAGAAAACUCAAGAGGAUUCUAAAAGUAUACCAUAUGUGUGCUUUCUCUUUCCUUUUAGGAAUUCUCUUCUGAAUUCCCUGAGGGAAUUUUCUAGAAUCUCAGAAUUGAAAGAGACCUGAGGUUCAUCCAGUCUAACCUCUUAACCAAUGCAGGCGUCCCUUCUCCAAGGUUGUCUUUCCACCUUGAACACUUGCAGUGACUCUACCUCACAAGCAGUGCAUUCAUUGUUGAGCAGCUCUUUAGGAGGGCUCCUUAGCGGAGUUGAAGCCUCCCUCCGGGUAACUUCUGUCCUGGGCCCAGCUCUGUCCUCCAGGAGAGUGUGGGGAGAAUGAGUCUUCCACCCUCUGCCACGCCUUCUCUUUCACAGGCUGUUGACUCCUUUGCUGCAGUGAUUUCCAGAAGGACUCAGUAGACACAUUGUCUCCACAUCUAAUGAAACCCAAGGUGUAGCUAUAAAGUAACAAACUCAUCUUUUAAUUUAUCCUCCUGUGUAUGUAGAGACCGAAGAUCAUGCCUCACUUGAUGUAAAUGAUGCCAUAACUGAAAACAUUUGGGAGGUAGUUGGUGCUGUUGCCAGCCAACUAGGAAAGCUGUUCCUUUGCUUUGUGGUAGUUUGUCCCUGACCUGAGCAACCCACUUCAUUUGGUGUGCACCCGAAGAGGGAAAUUCUGAAGUACUGUCCAGAAAGUGUUGACCAACACCAGUAUUUGGAAUAAAUACACAUAUACGAGCAAAGCAAAGGACCCUAAGUUACUUUAUAGUUACAUGCACCUCAUGUGGGAAAAGCACUGGACCUGGUUCUGUGGUGUUUUAUCCUCGCCCAGAAGGGAAAGCCUGUCAGCCUUUAACCUCUGUGUGAAAGGUGAUAUCUGAAAUACAUGUAUUACAGUAAUACCAGCUUUUGCUCAAAAACAACUUUGGGGAAAUAGUGAUGAUAGGUGACCUCGAACAGUGCCAUUUAGUUCAGGAGAUCUCUAAAUGUAGCUGUAAAUUUGGGGUUAAUUUGGCUUCAUACAUUGGAUCUUUUAAAUGAAAUAAAAAUUUUUAAUGCAAAAAA